UUAAUGUAAUGUAAAUGUAAAUGUAUAUACAUCUAAUAGCAGUCAAACACUCAUGUUUUUACCAGAAAGUGCAUGAUGAUGAUGAGGAUGAUGCUGAUGAAGGCAGUGUUGGCUGGUUAUGUGAUUGUGUGUGUGUUUCCCGCGCGUGGUGUGUGUUUCUCUCGUGGUGCGAGUGUCUCAUCAUGUGUGAACAUGAAGCCUGGGCACAUCAGCUCCUUCCCACAACACACACACACACACUCCACCGUCACCGUACGCACCAGCCGAUCAGUGUACCUGCCACAACACACACUCACAGUAACGGUUCAGAGUUCCCGGGCGUUUAUGGGGUUUCUGCUGCAGGCUCGCUCCGUUCUGGAGGACCGUGUUGUCGGCGGUGAGUUCACACUCCAUCCUCCCAGCACACACACUCUGUCCUGCCUCAGCACAGACGACACCAUCACACACUCGGACAAGAUGCUCAAGAGGAACCUGUCCUUCAGCUGGAGAGCCCCGACACAACCCAGCGGAGACCUGCGCUUUUACAUCACACUGGUUCAGUCCUAUUUUGUGUACUGGUCUCGAAUCAGAUCGGCAGUGGUGCAUGAUGGGACACGCAGUUCUCAGAUCACUGGCAGCAUUACAGGACAACCAAUGGUGAACACAACAGCGUCACUACUGGAAAAAACAGGCAAACACACAUCCCUGUCUACACAAGCUAACACACACACCAACACACACGCAACACAUAACACACACACAACCCCAUCUACACAAGCUAACACACACACCAACACACACGCAACACAUAACACACACACAACCCCAUCUACACAAGCUAACACACACACCAACACACACAGCAUCUCAGCCCAUAACAUAAACACACCAACACCUGAUAACACACACAAAAAACACACCGUCCCAAAUGCACCGUUACAGACUCAUGCAUCUUUACACACGACAACGCAACAAACACACACCUACACACCUCCAGUACACACUCAUAACACACAGUUCUUCACUGCGUCCCUCCAUCCUGAACCCUCACCAGCUCCCCGACGAGCCCUUUCCGACUUUUUCCCAUCGCGGGAGCCCACAGAGGGCGACAUUUCUCUGACCCAGCACAAAAAACACCCAUCUGAUCUGUUUGGAGAUGUUCUCAAUCGCCCUAAACAGGCCAAAGACCCGUCCGGAGUCCCGGGGAAAGGCAUCGAGAGGCCAGAGCAUGUGCCCAGGCAGAGUGCGUUCGAGCUGGGUUUGCUGCUGGGUCUCUCGACUGCGCUCGGCAUGGCCAUCGCCGUGGGGCUCCGGUACCUGCAGAGGAAACACUGUGGCAAACGCACUGCAGUGUCACUUAACGACUGUAACCAUGGCGACAGAGGCAUCAUCCAUGUGCAGGAGGGCGGAGACCUGGUCCAGGUGCGCAAAAUACGGCAGAACAGUUUCCUGGUGCUGCAAGCCGAAUACAAUCUCAUCACUCCGACCGGGAACUGA